AGCAAAGAGGGAGAGGACGGUUCUUAGUUGUUUAGUUUCAUAACCUUGCUCUCUUCUGCUCUUUCUACUCUCUCUUUAGAACUGUUCAAUCUAAGAACAGCUGGUAUUAAGAUAAAUCUACACCAACAAUACAUUCUGAUUCCUUGUCUUACAAAAGAACAUCAAAUAUUACGAUAACUGUACCAGACAGCCAAUUGUAUAAUGUCUCCCAAAAUCUUAGAUAUUGUCCAUUAUAUGUACUUCAUGUAGGCUGUGGAUUAAGAUGAACACACAGAAGUUUAGGUGAUGUUGAGAAAUCAGUUUGGUUUUUAUAGCAUCUUGAACCAACACUACCACCACUAGUGGUCAUCUGAGAAUAGUUGUGACGUUUUGUUUAAUAUUAUUUUCCAUUUCUCUUGAUUUGUCUUUCAGAACUUGGAAGGAUUCGCUCUGAAUUAAUCGACAGGUUGUCGUACGACGAUGUCAUCUAUCUCCUGCAUUACCUUAGAAAGAUGAAUGUGUUGAAUGACCAGGAGAUGAAGAAUGUAGAGGGGAAGAUGACCAGUGAAGACAGAGCACGUUGUCUCAUUGCUACGGUGAUGGAGAAAGGGGAGAGAGGAAGUAGCCUGAUGGUUGAUUAUCUGACGGAGAGGCACCCUGACCUAUGCUGGACCCUGGGUCUGACCCCAACUUCUGCUCGGUUCAAACUUGGAAGGAUUCGCUCUGAAUUAAUCGACAGGUUGUUGGACAACGAUGUCAUCGAUCUCCUGUAUUACCUUAGGAUGAUGGAUGUGUUGAAUGACCAGGAGGAGAAGACUGUAGAGGGGAAGAUGACCAGAGAAGACAGAGCACGUUGUCUCAUUGAUACAGUGAUGAGGAAAGGGGAGAGAGGAAGUCGCCUGAUGGUUGAUUAUCUGACGAAGAGGCACUCUGACCUAUGCUGGACCCUGGGUCUGACCCCAACUUCUGCCUGGAUCAAACUUGGAAGGAUUCGCUCUGAAUUAAUUGACAGGUUGUCAGACGACGAUGUCAUCGAUCUCCUGUAUUACCUUAGGAUGAUGGAUGUGUUGAAUGACGAGGAGGAGAAGACUGUAGAGGGGAAGAUGACCAGUGAAGACAGAGCACGUUGUCUCAUUGAUACUGUGAUGGAGAAAGGGGAGAGAGGAAGUCGCCUGAUGGUUGAUUAUCUGACGGAGAGGCACCCUGACCUAUGCUGGACCCUGGGUCUGACCCCAACUUCUGCUCGGAUCAAACUUGGAAGGAUUCGCUCUAAAUUAAUCGACAGGUUGUUGGACCACGAUGUCAUCGAUAUCCUGCAUUACCUUAGGAAGAUGGAUGUGUUGAAUGACGAGGAGGAGAAGACUAUAGAGGAGAAGACGACCAGUAAAGACAGAGCACGUUGUCUCAUUGAUACGGUGAUGAAGAAAGGGGAGAGAGGAAGGAGCCUGAUGGUUGAUUAUCUGACGGAGAGGCACCCUGACCUAUGCUGGACCCUGGGUCUGACCCCAACUUCUGCUCGGAUCAAACUUGGAAGGAUUCGCUCUGAAUUAAUCGACAGGUUGUCGGACGACGAUGUCAUCGAUCUCCUGCAUUACCUUAGGAAGACGGAUGUGUUGAAUGACCAGGAGAAGAAUGCUGUAGAGGAGAAGAUGACCAGUAAAGACAGAGCAUGUUGUCUCAUUGAUACGGUGAUGAAGAAAGGGGAGAGAGGAAGAAGCCUGAUGGUUGAUUAUCUGACGGAGAGGCACCCUGACCUAUGCUGGACCCUGGGUCUGACCCCAACUUCUGCUCGGAUCAAACUUAGAAGGAUUCGCUCUGAAUUAAUCGACAGGUUGUCGGACCACGAUGUCAUCGAUCUCCUGUAUUACCUUAGGAUGAUGGAUGUGUUGAAUGACGAGGAGAAGAAGACUGUAGAGGGGAAGAUGACCAGUAAAGACAGAGCACGUUGUCUCAUUGAUACUGUGAUGAAGAAAGGGGAGAGAGGAAGUCGCCUGAUGGUUAAAUAUCUGUCGGAGAGGCACCCUGACCUAUGCUGGACCCUGGGUCUGACCCCAACUUCUGCUCGGAUCAGUGAGUUUAACAUGUUAAUGAAGUUUCCUCAUUAUGUGUGUGAAGUUCUUUCAGCAACUACUUUGCUGAAGUUUCGGUGUCAAUCAAAGUAAUUGCUGUUAAGAAUAAUGCACCUCUUCACCUGCAGGGCCCAGAAUCACACAUAAACAGCAUCUUCUUUUAAGCGUGUU